GUUCACGAAUAAUAAUAAUAAUAAUAAUAAUAAUUAAAAAUAAAUAAAAGAAAGAAGUAAAAAUCCCUUAUAUCUCUGUAAUCGCCAUCUUCGUCUGGGAAGCCAAAGCUGGGCACCAGCGAGAGAUCAGAAACCCAAGUAGAGAGACGGAGAUAGAGAGAGAUACACACAAGGGGAAACUGUGUGCCGAGUUCAUCAUUGGCUGCUUGAGGGAGGAUAGUUUAGCAGCGGAAGCGGAAGCACCUGCUUCCUUCGGAGAAGACGAAGAUGAAGGGCCUCUUCAAGUCUAAGCCUCGUACCCCUGCGGAAGUUGUCCGCCAGACCCGAGAUCUGCUUCUCUACGUCCAGCGCGGCAGCACCUCUGAUUCCCGUGAGAGUAAGCGCGAGGAGAAGGUGUUGGAGUUACGUAAAAAUAUCAGGGAGCUGAAGUCAAUUCUUUAUGGAAAUAGUGAAUCCGAGCCAGUUGCAGAAGCUUGUGCACAAUUGACUCAGGAGUUUUUCAAAGAGAACACACUACGGCUUCUGAUUUUGUGUCUUCCGAAGUUGAACUUGGAGGCUCGAAAAGAUGCCACUCAAGUUGUUGCAAAUUUGCAAAGGCAACAAGUUCAUUCAAGACUAAUUGCAUCUGAUUACUUGGAAGCAAACAUAGAUCUAAUGGAUAUUUUGGCAGAAGGUUAUGAAGACACGGACAUGGCAUUACACUAUGGUGCAAUGCUGAGGGAGUGCAUUCGUCACCAGAUUGUUGCAAGAUAUGUUUUGGAAUCUAAGCACAUGAAGAAGUUUUUUGAUUAUAUUCAACUUCCAAAUUUUGACAUUGCUGCAGAUGCUGCUGCAACAUUUAAGGAACUCCUGACGAGGCAUAAAUCGACUGUUGCUGAGUUUCUUUCAAAGAAUUAUGGCUGGUUCUUUGCAGAGUAUAACUCAAAGCUACUGGAAUCUGCUAAUUACAUCACCAGACGACAAGCGAUCAAGUUGUUGGGAGAUAUACUACUGGAUCGCUCAAAUUCAGCCACUAUGACUCGAUAUGUGAGCUCAAGAGACAACUUGAGGAUUCUUAUGAAUCUUCUCCGAGAGUCCAGCAAGAGCAUCCAGAUAGAAGCGUUUCAUGUGUUCAAGCUAUUUGCUGCUAAUCAAAACAAACCUCCGGACAUCAUCAGCAUACUCGUUGCAAACAAAAGCAAGCUUAUAAGGCUGUUUGCUGACUUCAAAACCGAUAAAGAGGAUGAAGAAUUUGAGGCUGACAAAGCUCAAGUUGUGAAAGAAAUUGCUUCUUUGGAACCUGUGGAAUCUAGAGACAACCCAUGAGGGAGCUUUGUUGUGUUUCGAAGUCGCCAGAGUUUCUCUUCCUUGACGCAAUUGUGAAUUUUAUAGUGUUAUAGCCCCCGGCAUUACAUGCUAUCAAAAACUGACGGGGGCCAUGUUUUCUAUUUAUAUUUCCCAUCCUUCAGUUCCUAAUGGUCCUGUUCUGUAAUCUAAAUACAUUUCUGUAAAAAGGUAGAUAAAUAAACCGAAGAAAUUAGUUUAAUGCUGUAUUCUGCCUGUUCAGAUAUUUGAAUAAUAGGGGGUCCUGCAAGGAUCCAUCAGCUUGAAAAUUGUCUGACAAA